AUAAAUUUAGGUUCUUCUGAAGUAACUGUCAGAUAUAAUUAAGCAAAGUGAUAUUUACUAAAACGUUCGAUAAUUAUUCAGUUGAGCAAAUAGUUAAGUAAAGACAUAUUUAUAAAACAUUUCGGUAAUAAUUCAGUUAGGCAAGUUAACUCAAAUAACUUUCACUUUGACACAUACGUUAUUGAAGUCAUUUUACUGAAUAACUGUCAAAAAGGUUUAGUUAUUGUCCGUUCUUUAUUAAAAAGGUACUUAAAAACUUUAAUCAGUGAAACAUAAUUUUCUAAGCAUUCGUUUUAGAUGAAAGGGUAUUUAUAUUUACAUGGGAUCCCACGUAGAUAAAUAACUAUAAACCUUAAAUCCACUAUACUACUACUAUAUUAUACUACUGUUGUGAAUUUUAUGGAAAACGUAAAACGUGAGAGACACGAAUAAAAAACGUAUAUGAAAGAACUUUAUUCAGCAAGUAUACUGCAGGAAGAAAAGUUGUAAAACUUUAUGUUCUUGAUAUCGUGAUUGGAAGUAGUUGCAGCAACAAAGAGGAGAUCUUAAAAGAGAGAAUUUCAAAAAAUGAACAAAUAAGAGCAACGUAUUCACUACAAUACGUACUAACGCAAAUUGGACUUAGAGACAAUCUGUUACUAUUUUACAUCGCGUUUAUCGUAAGUUUGCAAAAGCACAGAUCUGCUCUUGACGCACGAUUUAGGAAUCUUUGAAGCCUCUGCAGUGUACGGUGCCGUUUAUCUACGGUUUUAUAUAAAACAUUUAUAUAUAUAUAAGUAAAAUAUAUGUGCAGGAAGUAAUAUUCUUGUUUGCUUAUUAAAAUUUGUAUUAAACUUUAAUUAAAUGUUAAUUGAUUAUUUCAUCAUGAAUUGGUUAAAUAUCAAGUUCAAUAGCAAAGUUGGUAUCGUUGGUAUUAAUGCACUUGAUGGAAAUUUGUUACAAAAUAAUAGCAUAAAUAUUUAUAUAUAAAUACUUAAAUAUAAAUUUUUCGAUAUUUAAAAUCAAAUUCUAGAUUCUUUUGAGUUAGCUCAAAUGCAGAUAAAAAAGAGAAACCUGUUAGAACUGCUGUUAUUUAUCAGUUAAUACCGCGGCUUCAAGUAAUGUUAUAGAUAUUUUUAAGAUAUAUCGUACACUGCUGUUUUCAACGAAGAAGUGAACUGUACGAAUGCACACAUUGGAAUGAAACGCAUGAACUUCUGCCGUUAAAAAAAGGGUAAACUACGCAUGUGAAUUUCGACCAAGAUAUUAUUUUACGAAUAUUUUUCCGUGAGAAGUAACCACGUGUCGAAUUUCCCUCAACAUUAUAUUGAUCACUUAAUCGUCGUCUUCUUCUCGGGAGUAGGUGACAAAGUAUGAGUGUAUCGAUCGCAUUAUGUGCUAUCUUAUACUCUGUCUAUUUUAUUAAACAAUUUGCGUGGCAAUUUACUUUGGUAAAGAAAAUUGAUACAAUGUUAUAUAAUGUUAUAUGAUUAUAUAAUUCGCAAGUGCUCCUAUGCGAGAUGAGGUUUCACGAACCGUCACAAAAUAUUUUGCAGUCAAACGUAACUCGAUAAACUCAGAAUCAUUUAUAAAAUGAGUAUCUCCGUCCAAGAACGGUACUUCAGCUGGAAUAGAAUUUUAUUACUCGCUGUUGGCUUAUGGCCUUAUCACCAAUCAAGGUUUGCUCGAUUUCAGGCAGCGUUGUGUCUUAGUAGUUUGACAAGCUUCAUCGUAUUCGUGCUUUCACGACUUUAUUUUGUAGAAUACUCCUUUGAAUUUACUAUUAAUUUGCUUUGUAUGUCAAUGUAUUUUACUUUUCUUCUGAUUAAGUAUAUCUCCUUUUGGAUUAACAUAGAAACUAUAAAAUAUUUAUUAGAGCAAUUUCAAUAUAUCUACAAGAGGCUAAAGGAUUCGAAAGAAAUUGCUAUCUAUAACAAAUAUGGAAACAUUGGGAAACGAAUAACAGUCGGCUUCAUAAUAGUUGCAAUAUGCGAUCUGGCUUGUCUUAUUGCAAUGCAAUGUUGGCCAUUCAUUUUUGAUAUGAUUAUGCCCAAAAAUGUGACCUACGCGCGCCACCUCAUAGUAACUGUGACUAAAUACUUCGCCAUACAAGAAAAACACUUCUAUUUAGUGUUUCUGCAUCUAAACGCAGUCGCUGUUGUAGGAGGAUUUUCAUUUUUAGCGAUAGGGACAAUGCUAUUAUCAUGUUUUAAACAUAUCUGUGGAAUGUUCAGAAUUGCUAGCUAUCGCUUCGAACACGCAAUAACGAUCACGUUACAAAGUAUUACGUUAAAAAAUAAAACCAUGGUUUACAAAGAGGUUAUCUGUGCCGUGGACAUUCAUCGCAAAGCUACGGAGUUUGCCAUAUUUCUUGAGAAAAGCAUGGAUCGAUCAUUUUUCAUUAUCAUAAUGGUUAUUGUGCUCUGCAUGAGUUUUAAUCUUUAUGGCAUAUUUCAGAUUGAAUCACCUAUGCAGGAAAUAGAAAAGACAACAGAACAUCUCCUUUUUAUAAUUUUUAUUUUUAUAUACAUGUUCGUAGGAAACUAUAUCGGACAGGAAAUUACGGAUUAUAAUCAUCACGUAUUUCUUAUCGUGUACAAUGUUCCAUGGUAUCUAGCACCGCUGCAGAUACAAAAAUUGAUCUUGUUCUUAUUACAAAGAAAUAACAAAGUUUUCACGUUGACUAUCGGUGGAUUAUUCACAUUGUCUCUAGAGUGCUUUGCUUCGGUAAAGUUAUACAUUUACAGAUAUAUAAAUAAUACGUACGUGCAAUGUUCAAAAAUAAGAAGAAAGAUAAAUUAAGGAAAAUACAUUUGUUUGCAGCUAGUAAGUGCAUCAGUAUCUUACUUCACUCUCAUGCUAUCUUUGCAAUAAUAACGAACAUAUAACAUAUCCAAUAAUAUCAAAUUAGAAUAGAAGAAAUAGAUAUAAAUAGAAUAGAGUAAAUAAAUAUAUAACACUCAAUGAAAAUGCCGAUAUUCUCUUGUCCCAUUGAACUCAAAAAACUAGAAGGUAGGUAGUAUUUUUCUCUCAAAAUCAAACGUUAUAAAGUAAAUAAAGAAAACAAAGAAAACAAAGAAAAGCAUUAGUUGGUUCAUAGGUACAAUCAGUUGAAUUGAUAAAAUCAGAUCUGAAAUGUUUCUCACGAUAAACAUGUAAUAUUUAUCAUUCGAAUAAAAUUUACGGAUAAGAAGAAAUGGAA